GUGACGGUACUCUUUGCGGACCUCCACGCUUACCUCGACAACAUGAAGGCCCCCUGGGAGCUGCUGGAGUUGCGCACGCGCUAUUACGAGAACGUGAUCAAGGCCAUGCUGGAGAGCAUCGGGGGGCCCCUGGAAAAGCUGAAGUUCGUCCGGGGCACUGACUACCAACUCAGCAAGGAGUACACGCUGGACGUGUACCGCCUCUCGUCCAUGGUGACGCAGCACGACGUGAAGAAGGCGGGAGCGGAGGUGGUGAAGCAGGUGGAGCACCCCUUGCUGAGCGGUUUGCUCUACCCGGGCCUGCAGGCCCUGGAUGAGGAGUACCUCAAGGUGGAUGCGCAGUUUGGAGGAGUUGAUCAGCGGAAGAUCUUCACCUUUGCAGAGAAGUACCUUCCUUCCCUGGGCUACGCCAAGCGCGUCCACUUGAUGAACCCGAUGGUUCCCGGUCUGACAGGCAGCAAAAUGAGCUCUUCCCGGCAGGACUCAAAGAUUGACCUUCUGGACCGGAAGGAGGACGUGAAGAAGAAGCUGAAGAAGGCUUUCUGCGAGCCGGGGAACGUGGAGAACAACGGGGUCCUCUCCUUCAUCAAGCACGUCCUCUUUCCCCUCAAGUCAGAGUUUGUGGUGCUGCGGGAAGAAAAAUGGGGAGGAAACAAAACCUACACAGCCUACGAGGCCCUGGAGAAGGACUUCGCUGAGCAGGUCGUGCAUCCUGGAGACCUGAAGAACUCGGUGGAAGUGGCCCUGAACAAGCUGCUGGAUCCCAUCAGGGAGAAAUUCAACAGCCCGGAGCUGAGGAAGCUGACCAAUGCAGCGUAUCCCAGUCCAUCCAAAGCCAAGCCUGCAGAGAAGGGCACCAAGAACUCCGAGCCAGAGAACGUGGUCCCGUCCCGGCUGGACAUCCGUGUUGGCAAAGUGAUCAGUGUGGAAAAGCACCCGGAUGCCGACAUGGUCAGCGGCCUGGUGCAGUUUGUGCCCCGGGAGCAGCUGCAGGACAGGCUCGUGGUGCUGCUUUGCAACCUCAAGCCCCAGAAGAUGCGGGGAGUGGAGUCGCAGGGCAUGGUGCUGUGUGCCUCCAG